UAAUUUAUUAUUUAAAUAUAAUAAAUAUUUUUACUGUUAUACUACAAUAUAAUAAUGAAUUUUAAAAUUAUUUCAUUAUUAAUAUUUCAAAUUGCAUUAACGUUAUCUCAUGAACCAAAUUUUGACUCGGGUUUGAAUAUUUUAAAAGCAUCAGCAACAAUACGUUUUGCAAGACCAUUAAAACCUGGUGAUGUUAUGAUUGUAAAAGGAACAUUUGCAGAUACUGGAACAGAGGCCAGUUUUGAUAUAGAAAAUGAUCAUUGUGAUUGGACAAAUUGGGUUUUUGAUAAUUGUAUUGAAUAUAAUUUAUGGGUACAAUUUCAUGCAAAUAAAAUGUUUAGAAAAAUUUUUGUAAAUGGUACAUGGAAACAUGAUAUUGAUACAUAUUAUUUACGUCCAGUUAAACCAAAAACAUUUAAAUAUACAUUUAAAGUGAAAAAAGAUCAUUUUGAAGCUGAUUUAUUUGGUUAUGAUAUGGCACCAAUGAAUUUUACUGAACCAAUUGAUACAUUAAGUACAUUUCGUCUUUAUGGUUAUGGUAAUGUUGAACAAUUUAUUCUUAAACAUCAAAAAGAAGAUGCUGAAGAUUAA